CUCACCUCCUCUUCUCUUCUGUCCGUUUUGACUCCAAUUGCACAUUGAAAGAUGCUUUAUCUCAGACAAAGCACACGCCCCCGACACUUCCGGUAAUAUAGCUGUUUCUCUCUCAUUUCCAGAUCUCUGAUCAUAUCAACGGUUUCAAUAUCUCCACGUGUAAUCCGGAUCCCAACCCAGUAUUUAAAUCUACUUUUUUUUUCUUCCUUUGAUAUGUCUUCUCCAUUUUUACACAUUUCCAACACCAACGGAGAAAAUCUAGAGAGAGAAUAAAACGGCUGCCGUUUUCGGUCUACCGGUCUUCUUCUUUCCUAGUCCAUUUCUGUUGAAGGAAUUAACAGAUCCGACAACAUUCUGUCCAACCGGAAAUUCUUCUUACCAGAUCUAUAACAACCUUAAAACAGAAAACGUGGUAAAGCUUUAGAUCGAGGGGGAUUUUGGUUCAAUCGAACGGUCGAAAUGGCGCCGAGCACAAUCCGCAAAGCUAUCGGGACCGUUAAGGAUCAAACAAGUAUUGGCAUAGCCAAGGUGGCAAGUAACAUGGCACCGGAGCUAGAAGUGGCGAUAGUGAAGGCGACGAGCCACGACGAUGAUCCGGCGAAUGAGAAAUACAUAAGAGAGAUCUUGAACUUGACAUCGUAUUCUCGUGGAUACGUGCACGCCUGUGUGGCGGCGGUGUCGAAGCGGCUGGGGAAGACGAGGGACUGGAUUGUGGCGCUCAAGGCGCUGAUGCUGAUUCACAGGCUGUUAAACGAUGGAGAUCCAUUGUUUCAAGAAGAAAUACUGUAUGCUACAAGGAGGGGAACUAGGCUUUUGAAUAUGUCUGAUUUUCGAGAUGAGGCCCACUCGAGUUCGUGGGAUCAUUCUGCCUUCGUAAGGACUUAUGCCAUGUAUUUAGAUCAGAGACUUGAAUUGGUGCUUUUUGACCGGAAAGGCGGCAGUGCCCGUGGUGAAAUUGAAAGAUAUGGUGCUAGAGGUGAUUUGGACUGGAAAGGCGGCAGUGCCCAUGGUGAAAUUGAGAGAUAUGGAGCCAGAGGUGAUUUUAGAUCACCACCACCGAGACCAUACGAGUACAAUGAUUAUGGCGACUAUAGGGGUGAAAGUGGACAUGGAGGUCCUGGAAUGACUAGGAGGACGAGGUCAUUUGGAGAUAUGAGUGAAGCGGUCGGAAGAGAUGGUGGAGAAGGGCGAGAGGAAAGAAGGGCAGUUACUCCAUUGAGGGAAAUGAAACCUGAGAGAAUUUUUGGCAAGAUGGCUCAUUUGCAGAGGUUAUUGGAUAGGUUCUUGUCAUGUCGGCCUACUGGAUUAGCCAAGAACAGCAGAAUGAUACUAAUUGCGCUUUAUCCAGUUGUGAGGGAGAGUUUUCAGUUGUAUGCAGAUAUAUGUGAGGUUUUGGCUGUUUUGUUGGACAAAUUCUUUGACAUGGAGUAUCCAGAUUGUGUGAAGGCCUUUGAUGCUUAUGCCAGUGCAGGGAAACAGAUUGAUGAGCUAAUUAUAUUUUAUAAUUGGUGUAAGGAUACUGGUGUGGCUAGAUCCUCAGAGUAUCCAGAUGUGCAGAAGAUUACUAGUAAAUUGUUGGAAACUUUGGAGGAGUUUGUCAGGGAUAGGGCCAAGCGGCCCAAGAGCCCUGAGAGGAAAGAGGAGGCUCCUCCUGUGGCUCAAGAGGAAGAGCCUGUACCUGAUAUGAACGAAAUUAAGGCAUUGCCUCCGCCUGAGAAUUACACUCCUCCUCCCCCUCCUGAGCCAGAGCCUACACCUCAGCAACCGCAGGUUGCUGAAGAUUUGGUGAAUUUGAGGGACGAUGUUGUCUCUGCAGAUGAUCAAGGAAAUAGAUUGGCAUUGGCUUUGUUUGCUGGGCCACCUGCUAAUAAUGGAAAUGGAUCAUGGGAAGCAUUUCCAUCUAACGGGGAGCCUCAAGUGACCUCAGCUUGGCAGACUCCAGCUGCCGAACCAGGUAAGGCAGAUUGGGAAUUGGCAUUGGUCGAGUCGGCUAGCAAUUUAUCUAAGCAAAAGGCAACAUUGGGUGGUGGCUUUGAUCCAUUGUUGUUAAGUGGCAUGUAUGAUCAAGGAACUGUGAGACAACACGUUAGUACUACACAAUUGAGUGGAGGUAGUGCUAGCAGUGUGGCAUUGCCAGCGGUAGGGAAGAGUGCAACGCCUGUUUUGGCUCUCCCAGCUCCAGAUGGAACAGUUCAGACUGUUAAUCAGGAUCCUUUUGCUGCUUCUUUGAGCAUUCCACCUCCUUCAUACGUGCAAAUGUCUGAUAUGGAGAAAAAACAACACUUGCUUGUCCAGGAGCAGCAAGUAUGGCAGCAAUAUGCAAAGGAUGGAAUGCAAGGCCAAGCUAGUUUGGCCAAGAUCAAUGGCAAUGGAUACUACACUGCCGGACCGGGGCCAAUGCCAAUGAUGCCUUAUGGAAUGCCACCAGUCAAUGGAAUGGGGCCACCGGCCGGGUAUUACUAUACCCCUUACUGAUUUUUUUUUUUUUUUUUUUUUUUUUUUUUGGGUUUAUU